GGAUAACAUACUCAUUGAAGAAGAGUCGAUCCAUGAAAUUUGUAAUUAGCUGUUUGUUUCAUGUAGAUUUUUGUGGUUUUCUAACACAAUGGCCUCUAACCUGUACUCACAGAACCUGAUGCUGCAAGUGACCUCAUUGUAACUGAAAUUACAACAAGCUCAUUGCUUGUGAACUGGACUGAACCAAUAGGAGAAAAAUCGUUCUUUAAAGUACAGUGGAGUAAUGACAGCGUCACUUUGAAUUCGACAACCUCAGACAGUUUCUUUAACAUUACUAAUCUCAAUCCUGGAGUCAAUUACACCAUCCUGAUAUCUGCUGUUGCUGCAGACAAUAUAACAGAAGGAGAAGCAGUUGGUCUUUCAGUCUAUACAAGUAUGUUUUAGAGAAUCGUGUUCUCAUUUGAUGACAAAAGGAAUUUCUGAACAAAGUUAAUGUUAAUGAACCUCUUUUACCUUCACAGAGCCUGAGACUGUUAGCAGUCUCACAGUACUUAAUGUUACAAACUCCUCUAUAUUACUGAACUGGACUGAGGCAAUGGGCAAAAUCUCCUAUUAUGUAAUCCAAUAUGAGAAUUUCUGUACAACAAUCAAUAAGACUACUGAAAUCACUGGGAUUAACAUAAUUAAUCUGACUCCUGGAGUGCAUUACACAUUCAAAGUGUUUGCAGUUGCUGCAGAUAAUAAAACAGAAGGAAAUUACAGCUGCAUUUCAGCCUACACAAAACCUGAUGCUGCAAGUGACCUCAGUGUAACUGAAAUUACAACAAGCUCAUUGUUUCUGAACUGGACUGAACCAAUAGGAGAAAGAUCUGUCUUUGAAGUAGAGUGGAGCAAUGACAACAUCACCUUGAAUACAACAACCUCAGACAGGUGCUUUAACAUAACUAAUCUCAAUCCUGGAGUCAAUUACACCAUCCUGAUAUCUGCUGUUGCUGCAGACAAUAUAACAGAAGGAGAAGCAGUUGGUCUUUCAGUCUAUACAAAGCCUGAUACUGUUAGCAAUCUCACAGUAGUUCAUAUUGCAACAUCCUCUAUAUUACUGAACUGGACUGAGGCAAUGGGCAAAAUCUCCCAUUAUGUAAUCCAAUAUGAGAAUUUCUGUACAACAAUCAAUAAGACUACUGAAAUCACUGGGAUUAACAUAACUAAUCUGGCUCCUGGAGUGCAGUACACAUUCAAAGUGUUUGCAGUUGCUGCAGAUAAUAAAACAGAAGGAAAUUACAGCUGCAUUUCAGCCUACACAAGUAAGACGUAA